AUGUCCAUUACCAUUUAUCACAACUAUGGAUCUGGGACAGUUAACUCAUCCAUUGUACUCUGCGUGCAGCCUGUAGAGGAAAACUACGCUAAUCCAAACACUUGCUUCUUUCAUGUUCUCUUCAAGGCUACGGCUUUGGCAUUUUACAUUCUCUCUACCCUCUUUAUUGAUAACUUUGUCAUCAUUUUCGUGAUUACUGUUCUUCUAGCCGCUCUUGACUUUUGGGUAGUCAAGAAUGUGAGUGGGAGAAUUUUAGUUGGUUUACGGUGGUGGAAUGAAAUAAAUGAUCUGGGUGAGAGUGUUUGGAGAUUUGAGUGUCUUGAUCAAGAGUCAUUGGCCCGGAUCAACAAGAAAGAUUCAUGGCUUUUCUGGUGGACACUUUACCUUACAGCAGUUGCGUGGACCCUGAUGGCAAUAUUCUCACUCAUAAAGCUGCAAGCUGAUUACCUCCUAGUUGUUGGAGUUUGUUUAACCCUUAGUGUUGCAAAUAUUAUUGGUUUUACCAAAUGCCAAAAAGAUGCUAAGAAACGGAUUCAACAAUUUGCCACCCAAACAAUUGUCUCACGGGUCACAUCUACAUUACAAUCAACAUUCAGUGUUGUUUGAGGAAUCUCUUACCCCUACGUCAGUUGCAGAAGAAAACUCUGCGAAGGAAAAGUAUAAACUACUUAGAGUAAUAAAGAGUCUGAAAGAGGAGAGGUAGCCCUGGCCCAGUUCUGCAACCAGCUAGAUGAUGGGUAGAGUAUUAGAUCAAUUGCAUUGACUAUGACCCAACACAUGCAAAAUUUUGUACCUUCCACUGUAGUGGCUAUGACUAUUAUUGUCAAAUCAUGUUUUUUCUUUGUUAUGUUUUUGCAUUCAAGUUUUAAGAAUAACGUUUUGUAUUACUCUAUUUCUGUA